AUGAGAAGGGUUAAAAGUUUUUGGAGAAAAGAUACAAAAGCAAAUUUAAAAUUCAAUUCGAAGCCUAGCAAUGUUUCAACCUCAAGUAAUUUUAGCACCCUUAAUCCAAAUAAUCCAAAAGUUCCAAAUAUUAUAAAGCAAACUAUAGCAUAUAUAGAAGAGUAUGCAUUACACGAAAAGGGUUUAUUCAGAAUAUUUGACAAUCAAGCAAAUGUAAAUUCUUUAAAAAUAGCUUUUGAAAAAUACGAAAGUAUUGAUUUAUCAAAAAUAUCAAGUCCACAUGUUGUAACAUCAGUAUUAAAAUUAUAUCUUAGAGAAUUACCAGAGCCAUUAUGUACUUUUAAUUCAUACGAAGCUUUAAUUGCCUCAUACAUCAUUUCAGAUCCAGAGAUGAGAUUAUCAGUUAUUAAAUCAAUUAUUCAAAAAAUAGUGCCACAUCACUAUGUUGUAUUAGAUUAUUUAAUGGCAUUUUUAUAUCGUAUCUCAAAUAAUCAAAAUGGAGAGAAUGGCGAAAAUGAGAAUAGCAAUAACAAUAAUAAUAGUGACGAUCAGCAAGUGCCACACCAACAAAAACUAAUAGAUUUAAAACAUAAUUUAGACAGUUCAAAUUUAGCAAUGAUAUUCGCACCAACUUUAUUAAAGUCAAAAUCAGAAACACCUGAAAAUUUAAUUGCAGAUUCACCACGUUCAAGUAAAAUCAUUAAAAUUCUCAUCGAUAACUAUUCAAAAAUUUUCGAAAAAGAUCCAUUUACAGGUGAUUCGAUACACGUUAAUCCAUUGAAACCGUUCUUUGAAGAAGACUAUUUAUUAUCAUCAAAAUAUGAAACUAUAAAUUUAGAUAGGGAAAUUGCAGGGAUCUUUGAAGAAGAAGAUGAACUUUCAAAAUCGAUGGGUGGCUUUACAUGCGAUAGCUCUGGCAUAUUAUCAAAAACAAGCUGUGGUGAAAAUGGAACAAGUGAUCUUAAUAGUAGUAGUGUGGUAUCACCAAGUGCAAUUAGUGGUAAAUCUCGUCCUUCAUUAUUUCAAGUAUUUGGUCAAAACCAACCAUCAAUUGCUGCUGCUGGUAUAGUAUCAUACAAUGGUUCUAGAUUAUCUGUAAUUUCAAAUGAUAGCUCUGCCUCAUCCCCAGAUAUAUCCCAUGAUAUUGAUGACGAAGAAGAAGAAGAAUUAAAGAAACCCAAUUAUAAUGAACUAUUACAAAACAACGAAUCUAAUAAUAACAGUAAUAGUAAUAACAACAAUAAUAAUGUUAACAAUAACAACAAUGACUCCACAACUACAACCACAACUUCAACAUCCAUUACAAAUAAUAAAGAAAUUGAAUUCAAGAUUCAAGUUAUUAAGGAAUUAAUCGAUAAGACAAUAGUCGAAUUAGAAAACGAAUUUAUUCAAUUGGGCAAGGAGUUACAAGAUAAUCUAUCAUUCCAAGAAAUUGUAUUGGUUGCGUCAUCUCUUAAAAGUAUUAUGAAUAUUUUAGUCGAUGGUCCAGAUGUUGACACCCAAGUAGUUUCAUCGUUUGAAUUAGACAACACUAUGGUUAGCACUGACGAUCAACAAAUUAAGAGAUUAGAAGUAUUAAAGAAUGCAAUGUUACAAAAAAUCAAUAACUCGAUCCCAUCACUAUUAUUAGAACUUAAAGAAGAAGCCUCAAGCUUAAUAUCUCAAGAGGACAUUGAAAAGGAUAUUUGCUUAGUAGAUUUAAUCACCAUUAUGAGAACAUUAAAAGCUGUCAAUGACGUAUUAGAUUUCUUUUUCAGUAAAUGGUGCACUAUUGGUACAAUAAGCACCUCACCACAAAACCAAUCACCAGUAUUAAAUCAAAAACAUCCACAACAAUCACAACAACAACCACAGCAACAAUCACAACAAUUAUCAUCAUCACCAAAGCAACAACAUCAAUUAUCCUCCUCUCCAUCUUCACAACCAUCAACAUUAUCAUCAUCCCAACAACAAUUAUUAUUAAAACAGCAACAACAAAAAGAAAAAGAACAAAAAGAAAAAGAAUUACAACAAAAAGAAAAAGAUAAGGUUAUUAUUGAUAAUUUAGAUGAAAGAGAGUUUAUUAUUAUUAUCCAACCAAAAGAAGAGGAUAUUAUACAAAAUGUAUUAGAUAUUGAUAUGGUACUAUUUGAAGCAGAAGAAACAUUAAUGGGAAUUACUUCAAAGAGCGAGUUAAUUUAUAUUGCCAAAGUUGUACAAAAUAUUCAAAAGAUAGUAAGAUUACCAAUUGGUAUGCCAGGUAGCUUUGAUGAAAUUCCACCACCAAAAAUCAAUACCCUUAAAAUCACACCAAAACAUAAGCUUGCACCAUUAGUCAGUGUAGUAUAUGUAUUAAUUAAAGAAAUCAGAGAUCAAAUCAUCCAAUUUAGAGAAGAUUUCGAAAAGUUAAAAAAUAAAAAUAGUAGCCAAACCUAUAGCAGUAAAGAUCUUGUAUAUUAUCAACAAAGAUUAUUGGAUUUAUGGAGAUUACUCUCGAAAUUACCAGCAUUCAAUACAUACAAAACCAGCCAUCGUAACAGACAAGAAAUAUCACAGAAGAACUGUCAAUAUAUGCGUGAAACUAUCGAAUCCACACUCAAAAAACUUGAACCUAUUUUUAACCAAUUAAAGGAUGACAUUAAUUCAAAGAAUGAAAUCAGUUUAGAUAGCCUAAUGUUAAUCUCAAGAUCAGUCACUAAAAUUAGAAAACUCUUUGAAGAAUCCCAAUUGUAUCAACGUACUAGUAUCAAGUUUGCUCCAUUCACAUUAUCAAAAUCAAAUCAAUCCAUUUCAUUAUCGGCCGAAACUCUUUCAAUUAGUCAACAACCUUUAUCUCCCACCACAAUCAAUGAUAAAAUUUCAACUUUAAAGAAUUUAACAAGUUCAAUUAUCGAUCAAAUUCUUUUAAGAUUUAAUCAAAUCGAAGACCAUUUCAAUAAUAUAAAUCAAGAGAAUUAUUUAUUCGAAAUUAUAAAUAUUUUAAAACUUGUUAUAACAAACUUUAAAGAUAUUAAAAAUCUAAAUUUAAAAUAA